UUUGUCGAGCUCACCACGAAUUUUGGUCUAUUGGCAAUGGCCGAUACACAUGAUAAUCUCCACAUAGUGAUGCUUCCGUGGUUGGCCUUUGGCCACAUGAUGCCAUACAUGGAGCUAGCCAAGUGGAUUGCCGGAAAGGGUCACCGGAUAUCGUUCCUAGCGGCCCCGAGAAACAUAGAUCGCCUCCCGAAACCCCCUCCAGACCUCGCUCCUCUCAUCAGCUUCGUGAGGCUCCCCUUACCGGCCGUGGAACACUUGCCAGAGGGCGCUGAAGCCACCAGCGACCUGCCUUACGACAAGGUCCCAUACCUCAAGAAGGCUUACGACAUGCUCCAAGACCCCGUGGCCCAGUUCCUCGAAUCUUCGGAUCCCGAUUGGAUCAUGUACGAUUUCGCUCCGUAUUGGGUUGGCGAAAUCGCUUCAAGGCUCGGCAUAAGGAGUGUUUCCUUCGCUAUUCUCAAUGCUGCCAGCUUGGGCUUCCUCGGACCAAUGUGGGUUUCGAAGGGGGGAGACUACCGGAAAACUCCGGAGGAUUUUACCAUUUUUCCCACAUCCCCUAAGUGGGUUCCUUUCCCGACUAAGGUCGCAUUCCGCCACUUUGAGAUCAAGAAGAUUUUCGAUGCGAUAAUGGGCGAUGCAUCGGGCAUCUCAGACACAUAUCGGUUCAGGGCGGGCCAGGAAAGCUGUGACAUAAUAGCACUUAGAAGCAGUUAUGAGCUCGAACCCGAAUGGUUAAGUGUACUCAAGGAUAUGCAGGGCAAGCCAGUCUUCCCUAUUGGGCAACUUCCCCCGAGCGAUCCCGAGACACGAGGUGAAACAGACUCAUGGCAGUCGAUCAAGGAAUCGCUCGAUGCGCGAAAGAAAGGUACCGUGGUGUACGUGGCAUUUGGGAGCGAGGCCAAACCAAGCCAAACUGAACUGGGGCUAGAGCUUUCUGUGUUACCGUUCUUCUGGGCACUCAAGACUCAGGUCAGGGCUGCCGACACGGAGUUGGUCGUGUUACCAGACGGUUUUGAGGAGCGAGUCAAAGGGCACAGCAUGGUCUGCAAGAGCUGGGUGCCUCAGCUCAAGAUACUCGCGCACGACUCGGUGGCCGAGUUCUUGACUCAUGCCGAGUGGAGUUCAGUGGUGGAGGCACUAAGCUUUGGGAGAGCCCUAAUACUUUUCACAUUCUUGGCAGAUCAAGGACUAAAUGCGAAGCUCUUGGAGGAGAGACAGAUCGGGUAUCCAAUACCAAGAAAUGAGUCCGAUGGGUCGGUCAUGAGGCACUCAGUGGCCGAGUCGCUGAGGCUGGUGAUGGUGGAAGAGGAGGAGAGGCUUUACCGAGAGAAAGCGAAGGAGAUGAGGCCUAUUUUUGGGGACAAGGGCAUCCAAGAACGUUAUGUCAACAACCUUCUUAACUAUUUUCAGGAACACAGGCUUGUGAAACACCAAAAAACAGCUGGGAUUUCCAAAUAAGCCAAGAAGCUAUGACGUGGAUUAAGCGUUCUUAGGCGUGCAUAUUUGUGCUGCUACUGAGUUAUUCAAUGUUUGGCA